AAGACGACUUAGCUUUUGUACAAAGUCACGGCUAUUGUAAUUUUGUUUGUUCAUCAUAUGCUUUUCAGAUCAAUCUCCCUUCUAAUUACUUCCCGGCAUGCGUUAGAGGAACCCGACCGGUCGAAUUCCGGCCAUAUCAAAUAUAUGGCCUGAUGGCUUUUACCUCUUCUUCUUCUGUUACUGCUUCGCCAUCCACUCAGGGAUGGCCGUAUGAUGUUUUCUUGAGUUUUAGAGGUCCAGAUACUCGUCACACUUUUAUAGAUUUCCUUUAUGAGUCGUUGAAACGUAGAGGGAUUCGUACUUUCAAAGAUGACGACGAAAUGGAGAAAGGAGACUGCAUCUCCCCGAGCCUAUUAAAAGGUAUUCAAGAAUCACAGUUUUUUAUUCCAGUCUUCUCCAAAGGCUAUGCAUCUUCAAAAUGGUGUUUGGAUGAACUUGCAAUAACGAUGGAAUGUCCUGAUGAAAAGUUCAAAAACCAAAUUGUGGUGCCAAUUUUUUACCACGUGGAGCCUUCAGAUGUCCGGAAACAGGAAGGAAGGUUUGGAGAUUCGUUCAAAGGAUUGCUUGAAAAAAAUGGCAAGGAUGAUGAGGUCAAGGUAAGAAAAUGGAAGGAAGCCUUAAAAAAGGCUGGCGAACUCAAAGGGCAUCAUUUGCAGAAUGACUAUAACGGAUACGAAGCAAAAUGUGCAGAAGGAGUUGCAGCCGACAUACAUGCUCGAUUGAAUCAAGCAUCGGUAGCCUUUGAGGAUAACUUAGUGGGGUUGGAAUCUAGAGUUAACAACAUUAUUAACUGGUUGAGAUUGGCAUCUGAUGAUGAUGAUGCUGAUGCUCGGUUCAUUGGCAUUUGUGGUAUGGGAGGUAUCGGUAAGACAACAACUGCAAUGGUUGUUUUUAACAGAUUUUCACACCAAUUUGAUGGAGCUUGUUUUCUUGCCGAUGUUAGACAACAUAAUAUCAUUGAAUUGCAAAAAACCCUUUUAACAGAAGUCCUAAAAGAAAAAUCAGGAGUACAAAUAAGCAAUGCCCAAGAUGGAAAGGCGAAGAUAGGGAUGAGGCUUAAAGGGAAAAAGGUUUUGAUUGUUCUUGAUGAUGUAGAUGACAAGCUGAAACAAUUAGAUGAAUUAGCUGGUGGUCGAGAUUGGUUUGGUAGGGGUAGUAGAGUAAUUAUAACCACAAGAGAUGCAGGAGUAUUGCGUUCCCAAGGAGUUGUUGAAAAGUAUAUAUACCCAAUAGACAAAUUAGGAGAGGAGGAAGGUAUUCAACUAUUUAGAUCAUAUGCCUUUGAAAAGGAAGCUAAGACUGACUUUGAAGAACUCUGUGGAUCAAUUGCGCGUUCUUGUAAGGGUCUUCCAUUAGCACUUAAAGUUUUGGGAACUUCUCUUUGUGGAUUAGAUGUUGCUGUCUGGGAAAGCACUUUAAAGGACCUCAAGGACAAGGCCGAUAAUAAUAUUUAUGAGACGCUUAAGAUAAGUUAUAAUAGACUAGAUUCCAAAAACAAAAAAAUCUUUUUACAUAUUGCAUGUUUUUUCAGACACAAGAAGGAAGAAAAUGUAAAAGAUGUGCUUAAAAGUUGUGAUCUGCAACCAGACAGUGCUAUGCGUGACCUCACUGAAAAAUCUCUUAUAUCAGUCACAGACUAUGGAACAGUAGAGAUGCAUGAUUUAAUCCAAGAAAUGGGUUGGCAUAUUGCAAGAGAGGAGAAACCUAGAAGCAGGGUCUGGCAACUUAGGGAUGUUGAUGAUAUGUUAGACAGAGAAAUUGAACCUAAAGACAUAGAAGGUAUUGACUGCGAGGUUAGUGGUUGGGGUGAUCGUUCCGUUGAAAUAAGUAUGAAAGAGAUGAAAAAAUUGAAGAUGCUCAAAGUUGGUGAUCUUGAUCGUGUUUUCCAUCUCAAGGAAAACUACGAUCACGUUUUCCAUCUCAAGGAAAACUAUCUCCCUAACAGUUUGAGGUGGCUUGAAUUUUACUUCUAUCAGUUCACUUCAUUACCAGAAAGCUUUGCACCAUCCAAGCUUGUUUGUCUUUCUUUGCGGUCCAGUUCUCUACAAAAUUGCACGAUCACUCAGAAAUUAGACAAAUUGACCCUUUUGGAUCUUAGCGGGUCCAAGGCUUUGUUAGAAACCCCAGAUUUUGAUUGGAUGCCAAAUUUGAGGACAUUAAACCUUCAAUACUGCGAGGAUUUAAAAGUGGUCCAUCCAUCUAUUGGAAAUCUUAACAAGCUUGUUUUAUUGGAUUUAAGUGGAUGCAGUAAUCUUGAGAGUCUUCCUAGCUUCAAUCAAGUUUCAUCUCUCAACUCUCUUGAUCUUUUGAAUAAAUUAGACAAAUUGACCCUUUUGGAUCUUAGCGGGUCCAAGGCUUUGUUAGAAACCCCAGAUUUUGAUUGGAUGCCAAAUUUGAGGACAUUAAACCUUCAAUACUGCGAGGAUUUAAAAGUGGUCCAUCCAUCUAUUGGAAAUCUUAACAAGCUUGUUUUAUUGGAUUUAAGUGGAUGCAGUAAUCUUGAGAGUCUUCCUAGCUUCAAUCAAGUUUCAUCUCUCAACUCUCUUGAUCUUUUUGAAUGCAUAGAACUAAAGAAUUUUCCAGAAAUAAAGGAAAGAAUGCCACAUCUAGUGGAGUUGGAAUUAAUAAAUGUUGGAAUCAUAGAACUCCAUUCAUCGAUCCAACAAUUGCAAGGCCUCACUAAGCUAUAUUUGGAUAAUUGUGAACAUCUUGUAUGCCUUUCUAACGGCUUCUGUGAGCUGAAAAAUCUCAAAGUUCUUAAGAUUGAAGAUUGCGGAAAUCUAAAAUCAUUGCCAAAAAAUGUCAAAAGUUUGAACUCGUUGGAAUAUUUGAGUCUGAAAGGAAGUAAUUUUCGUUCUUUACCUAAAAGUUUCAAUCAACUCCCUCGCCUUCAACACCUUGACAUCAGACAUUGUAGUGAACUUAGAGUGUGGUCUUUACCAAGGACUAUAAGGCAACUAUAUGCAGAUGCUUCUUUUGCCCUUCAUGGAAACAUAGCUGUCAUAACAAAAAAGUGCUCAAAAUUACAGUCACUCGCAUGCUCUUUUGAUGAGUAUUUUGAUGAUAGAAAAUGGCCAGGGCAUUUUUUAGCUGAGAUGUGUAUUUGUUUUCGGUCUCAAAGAAAGACUCCUUGCAGUGUUACCUUUCCAGUCUCUUCAGAAAUGCGUCUAGAAACCAGCAGGACUAAUAAGUUGAGAUUAUUCCAAUACCGAUGCUAUGACUCAAAUGGUAUCUCCAUUUCCUUCAGGUAUUGUAGAAGCCUUGUGGGGUUUGCUGUAUAUUUCUUCUCUUCAAACGAUGAAGAUGUAUCGGAAGAACACUACUACCAAGAAAAUGAUGAUCUGCAUUGCACAGUCACAGCCAAAUUGUCACAGAAAGAUAAUGGAAAUGAAGUUUUUGAAAGAGAAUAUGUGAUUGUCAAACUAGAUAGUGAAGAAGGAGUACAUAUGUGUUUUCUCUACAUACCAUUUAGUAGUUUGUGGCCUGCAGAAUCUAAUAUUAAUAUAAAUAAUGUAAGCCCAAAUUACUUUUUAAGAUUUGAGGUGAACUUUAUGAAUUCGAAAGCGACUUCAGAUUGGGGUUGCAGUUUAUUAUAUGAAAGGAGCAAUACACCAGCUAGUUGGGAUAAUAGUGGUUCAGCAGGAUGCACAACUAAUAUUGGACCCUUGGGCAUAUUGGAAUACUUGAAUCUCACCGAAAAGAAAUUUGAACAUUUUUUACCUGAAGACAUCAGUCAACUUCGUCGUCUUCAAUACCUUGACAUAAGUGGUUGUGGAAGAAUAGAAAGGUUACCAGAACUCCCAGCUACUAUAGGGGAACUAUAUGCAAAUACUUAUUUGGCUUCAGAAAGCAACAUAGUUGAGUUCGCAACUAAGUAUUCAGAAUUAUAUUCUGUCUCAUUCUCUCAUUCUAUGUAUGAUGACCAAGCUGCCUCUCCAGUACCUGAGAAGUUGGCUAAGGAGUUUAUUCCCAUCACACAACCUUUUCUAAAUAGAAACACUCCUUUUGCUGUCACCUAUCCUCUUGACUCUUACCGUGAUUAUAUUAUAUGUAAAUGCUUCAAAUAUCCUCAUCAUGACCCACACCACGAUCCUUGCAAGAUCUCCAUUUCUCUUGAUCCUACCUGGUAUAAUCAUAACUUUGUGGGGUUCGUUGUAUGUUUUGUGUUUCCAAAAGAAGUGAGAUGGGAUACACACCCAGACAUUCGCCCUUUUAGGUCUUGUCGGCUCAUAACCAAACUUACACACAAAGAUAAUCGAAGUGAGCCUCCACUCCAAACCGAAUGUGUGAUUGGCAGACUAUAUGAUGAGGAAUUUGAUGGGAGAUUUGAUGAUGAGGAAGAUAUUGUAUGCUUUGUGUACAUACCAUUUAGUAGUUUGUGGCCUAAAUCUAAAGUUAUCACGGAUGAUACUACCCCCAAUCAUUAUUUGGUAUUCGAGGCAUCAAUUCAAGACUUGGAAAUUUCAAAAAAUAUCUAUCUUGAGAAUUAUUUGAAGACUCCAACAGAAUUGAGUUGUGGAACACAAUGCAGUUGCGGAACACAAUGGAGUUGCGAUUUAUUGUAUACAGAUGAUGAAUCAUUAACUAAAGAAAUACGGCGAAAAAGGGAGCUUGGUUCUUUUAACAGGGAAUCUGGUUCUAGUGAGAAUGAUUCAGGUCCAAAUAGAACCGAACUAUGGGAGUUCACUAAAAUUGUAGAUGGAGUUCAAUGCCGAAUGGUUUCCAUGCCAGAGUGCUUUGAUACUGAGGUUGCCCGACUUCUUUAUACAAAUUCUGGUGUUGGCAUCUUGGCUCUUAGCUCAAAUGGUAUUCAAAAACUGUGGAAAUGUCCCAACAAUGAACAAAACCCAACCGGAAAGCAAUAUUGGCAACCAAACAGUGGUCUUCUCAUGAUUAAUGAUGUAGGUUUCGAUCUCGAGGAAGUAGUUCCUUGCAUAGACCUCUCCAAGAACGACUCUUAUAUUGUGUCAGCUGAUGAUGAUGGAGAGGUUUCAUUCUUGGACAUCAUGACAUUUGAGGUAUUGACAACAUACAGUCCACCAGAUACACCAACUUUCUUAGUUUUCUGUCCUUGUGACAAUAACAUCGUUGCAAUUGGUAUGGAGAAUGGGACCAUAAUUAUAUACAAUGUUAGGGUAGAUGAGGUCGAGGCUGAACUUUUAGAAGGUCAUCAUGAAGAUGUCACUGGUCUAGCAUUCUCUACUACUGACCCUAACAUGCUGGUUUCAUCGUCUGCUGAUGCCCAGGUUUGUGUAUGGAACAUUGUUGGUAGAAGACAAAACAGAAGAUCAGUUCACAUCCAGUCGCCUGAUGGUGAAGUGUGUUCAGGUUGCACAGAUGUGAUGUUCCAUACUGUCCAACUCCACUUAUUAUUAGUUACACAUGAAACUCAAUUGGCAAUAUAUGAUACAUCUAAUAUGGAACGCAAACGUCAGUGGAUCCCACAAGGUUGCCUUUCUGCACCAAUCUCUUUUGCUACAUACUCCUGCAAUAGUCAACUAGUUUAUGCAUCCUUUACUGAUGGGAAUAUUGGAGUACUUGAUGCUGAUAACCUAACAUUGAGAUGCUGUAUUGUUCCAUCUGCUUAUUUAUUUCAGCCCCUAUUGAAUAGCGAGGAUGUAGUGUAUGCAUUUGUGAUUGCAGCGCAUCCACAGAAACCGAACCAACUUGCAAUUGGAUUGACAGAUGGGUCUAUUAAAGUCAUUGAACCACUGGAAUCUGAAGGAGAGUGGGGAAUAUCUCCCCCUAUUGAUAUUGAAAUUCUAAAUGGAAAAGAAGGUGAAGAUGAGGGAAGGGGUAAAUCACUUGAUGCAGGGCAGGGUAUUGAAGUUGGAAUGUCAAAACAUAUUGAUUCAGUGAAUGAAAAAGAAAAAGAAAGAGAGGAUGAGCAAAGAAAGAAGGAUCUUCUCAACAACGACAAGACUCUAAGUUCAUCAAAACAAAAUAAGAAAAUAAGAGAUCAAAGUGAUGAACUAUCUGUUACUGGUAUACAACCUCCUAUUGUUGGCAAUAAUGCCUCAAAGCACUUGUGGGACAAUUUCAUCAACUCGUUGGCAUCAUUUCUACCUGAUAAAGACUACAUUGAGUUGGAGAUAGAUCAAGCACUCUUCCAUCAUACAAACACGCGUUCUAUUGUUGUGAUGAUAGAGGAUAUAAAGGAUUUGAUGAGGAUGGAGUGCCUGGACGUUUCAAUUAUACAAGUGUUUAUAUUAUUUCUUAAUAAGUUGUGUAAUCAGCUUCAAGUCACGUCAAUUGGAUUUGUCAGUCCGGCUCAGAUUUCAAUGGAUAUGGUUAAACAGAAUGCUCCCGAUGUUACAUCAUAUUUCAUUAACGUCAUGGAGCAUCACAAAAAUAAACAAUUUAUUUUAGCACCAUAUAAUCAAAAAUUUCAUUGGUUACUUUUGGUGAUUUGCAUACCCUCAAGAAGUUUAUAUGUCUUGGAUCCCUUGCCUUGUGAUCGCAUCAUUGAAAUUAAAGAAAUUCUGAAUACGGCAUUUGACUCUGUAUCAACUAAUGGACCGGUCAAUUGGAAGCAAUGCAAAUGCCCGAUACAACCAGGAGGUGUUGAGUGUGGAUAUUAUGUCAUGCGAUACAUGUUUGAUAUCGUGACAAAAUAUUCAUCUGUUGAUUGUUUGGAUGAGGCAUUUGAAAGCAAUAUUCCGUACUCUAUCAACGAAAUAAAUGAGAUUCGAGACCUAUGGGCAAAAUCCUUCUUGGAAGAGUGCCGUCAAACUGCAGAGAGUGAACGGAGUCCUGCUAAUGAAGAUUGUGAAACUGAAGAGAGAUCUGUGUUCACUCAACUUGAGCUACCUACUGGGGAAGCAGAACAGAGUGAACAGACUCCUGCUAAUGAAGAUUGUGAAGCAGAAGUUGAGGAAAAUCAACGUUCGCUUAUAUGGUGUUUUUGGCAAUGUUGCUCAGUUGUUUUAAAGCACAUUCAGAGACGUGGGUAAAGCUGGUGUCUUUUGAGGUGUGUUUGGAGUACAUUGGCAGCACUUUUGCAAUGGAAUUUGCAGGGUGUUUUAAUCUCAAGUGUGGUUGAAAUUGCAGUUGGUAUAGGUGUGUGUUGAUAUCAUCAGUGUUUUUUCAAGUGUGUUGGCAGUAUUUUUGCAGUGGACCUUGUAGUAUAUGUGAUAUUUUCCACCAUUUCUUUCAACUCAAAGGUUUCUGGUGUGCUUGGUUAUGUAAUUCUUGGACUUUAACCUUGUAUUCAUGGUAUUGUUUGUUGACUACUUAAGUUUGUUUUUAAAUAAGUGAUUUUGUAUGGGAAUUUUA